AUGUGCAACGAAAAUGAUGAGUUUUCGCUAACGACUAGUGAGGAAAUGGUCAAAUUUGGGGAUAGUCGAUUGCCGGUGAAGUAUUUGGUGAAAUCAGUUAAAUGUCUCAAGUAUCAGCUUACUCAAUCAAGUAAAGGCCUCACAAUUGUUGGGGCCAACGGUACCACCGAAGUUACAUCGAAAGCUUGUUCAUUAACAGGAAGUGCCACGAUCCCCGUUCGUGAUGGUUCGUGGUCAUCAGCUAAAUGGACAGGUGAAAUCAUUCCUAUGACAUACAAGGAGUCAUUGUUCAUGAUUGAGGAUUUGAUCUCGAAUCGGCAAUUCUUUCCAAUUUACAAUGGAGGUCUAUAUGCUUGGCAAAUCUCGCAAUAUGACAUCAGCAUCCUAAUGCAUUGUGAUUGGGACUACUGUAACAAUGUGACCUCAUUAACAUCACUUCUCAAUCAACAAACCGUCGAAUGCUAUUCGAGUUUAAACAGUGGCGGGAGCAUGAUCAAUUGCAGGGCACAGGCUUGUUUUAUAAUCUAUUUCUCGGAAGAAAUGGCUUACCUUUUGGGGUGUUUUUGGCAAGAUUCGAGUAAAGCACAAGGACGGAUCGAGGUUGGGCAAAUUCAAAUCACUCCCAAAAUCUACACGAUACUUUGCGCGGAAGACUUCUGCAAUCAAAAUCCCGCAGCCGCUGCAACAUCAAUUCGCAAUUUCAAUUCAUCACUUCAAAGUCUCUUUCCAUUCGUUCAAUGGCCACAAUCUAUUCUGGAUAAAUCUGAUACGACCACUUCAUCAUCUGCCCAUUUCCCAAUAGACUCCACCGCUUUCGACUCUUUCUUCACUCAACCGCAACCGAUUUCUCAUAAGAAAAAUGCCGCCAAUUAUUCACUACAACAGAUUGAAGUCACGGUUUUCUAUGAGCUAAAUGAAAAGGCAAAAACAGAGGAAGAAUUCUAUCAAACAAUGCCAGAGGAAACUUAUGCAACAUUGGCAGAGAAUUUUGUGAGUUAUUUGAGAAUU